AUGUCUCAAGCAAAGAAGGCACUAGAUGCCGUCAAAAAGUUAAUGACGAUGUUGGACUUUGCUGGUAAUAAUUGGAGCAUUGAGGGUUAUCAAAAGGCUUUCAUUAACAAUCUAGUGGGCCUCCAGAAUCAAAUGCAGGAAGUUCACGACAAUGUUAAAUUGCUAAAGCCGGACUCAAACCAAGAGGCCUCCGCCGAUGGGAGGAUAGAAAAGUCAUACCCCGAUGAGAUGAACGAACUGGUCCGUGGGAUAUUCUAUCUGUGCCGUGACUUGGCUGUGAGCUUCCAAGCUCUUGCGGAUUAUGCGGCACCUGAGGGCAGUCUAUCUUCCAAGCCCUACUUGGCUUUGUGA